AUGAAUUCACUCGAGUACUUGAAACAAUGUGGCACAACUGUGGUGAUAGAUACGGGGGAAUUUGAAACUAUUAAAGCGUAUAAGCCGCAAGAUGCUACUACUAAUCCCUCGCUGAUUUUGGCAGCUGCCAAGAAAGCUGAAUACCAACAAUUAAUCGAUAAUUGCGUGGAUUACGUGCUUGAAAACCAGAAAAGUUUGGACAUUGAAAACAAAGCUCUGAUCGCUUUGGACAGACUGCUGGUUGAAUUUGGAUCUAGAAUAUUGGAACUGAUUCCUGGAAGAGUGUCCACAGAAGUUGACGCUCGACUAUCAUUCGACCGAAAGGCAACUGUCCGAAAAGCUCUAGAUUUAGUGUCCUUGUAUGAAGCAAGAGGGAUAUCAAAGGAGCGAGUCCUCAUCAAGAUUGCUGCCACAUACGAAGGAAUUCUUGCAGCAAGAGAAUUGGAAUCCAUUUAUGGAGUCCAUUGCAACCUCACUCUGCUGUUUUCUUUUACUCAAGCGGUAGCUUGCGCCGAGGCAGAAGUGACUUUGAUUUCGCCUUUUGUGGAUAGGAUAUUGGAUUGGUACAAAGCUAGGGAAGCUAGGCAGUAUGCAAAGAAUGAAGACCCUGGAGUUUUAUCCGUGAAAGAAAUUUUUGAUUAUUACAAGAAAUUUGGGUAUCGUACAAUUGUUAUGGGGGCAUCAUUUCGAAACGUGGGGCAGAUUGAGGAGCUAGCAGGCUGCGAUUAUCUCACGAUUUCACCAACUUUGUUGGAGGCGAUGGCCAAAUCGAAUAAAAGGAUUGAAAAAGUACUUGAUUCGGCAACAAGUAUUCAGCGUUGCAAAUUGGAUCAAUUAAGCUUCAUUGAUAAUGAGCCAAUGUUUAGGUUCAAUUUGAAUGAAGACCAGAUGGCAACUGAAAAGCUAUCUGAGGGAAUAAGGAAAUUCGCAAGUGACACCGAAAGUUUACUGGAUCUUCUGAAAUCAAGGAUUCAGCAAAGGCUCAGGGAUUCCAAAUUGUGA